AUGGUGGGCUCACAAGGCAGCCGCUGCCACUGGAGUCUGUUGGUGGCGCAUCUCCAAACUGAGCAGAGGCUCCGAGCUCCAAGGAGCUUCAAAGAGCCUGCGUCUAUUCGACCGCAGAUCAAUCUACGCUCGAGUUCCCAGCAUAUAGUAACGGUAGCAGGGCAAAAGAGUACCUGUCGAGUACAGCAACUCCUCGACUUGGCCACGGAACAUGCGGCAUCGUGCACCGUUCAUCAGUCACGGAGCAUCUACCGUCUCCCUCUCAGUGUCAAAGCAAAAGGAAGCAUCUCCGCUCACGCCGGAAACAGCAGCAUCAAGGCCCUGCCCUGUAGGAGCAACAGCCGCGAUCUCUAUAAGCCACACUGUCCCCAUACCGUGCCAUUUGCCUACAAAGCCGUGGCCUGGCAGUUCCCUCCGCAAUUGCAACCUCUGGAAGCCGAAAGAAGGGGAAGUGCCAAGGGCAAGGAAGAGCUUGUCAUUGGUAGGCAGACAGGAGAGGCUUUCACGACAGGCGCUGCCGCUUACCUAGGACAAGGCACGAUGUGGGCUAAUCGAUCCCGAGAUCUCUGUGCGAGACAAAGGCCGGGGUUUAUGAUGCUCAUCUUGCAGAUGUCUCAAGCUGCCAUCUCUGAUUGCUGGGAAGCAGUCUUUCUGUCUCAGCAUAAUCUUAUCAAGGAGCGAACCACGGCAGGACACUUGACCUCUCAGGCGAAACCCCAGCCCCGAUAUUCCAUUGGCGAUGAGGUUGAGCGUAAUGCUAAAACCACGACCUCUGCUUUCUGUCUGGCACGAGGCACCGCAUCGUCGAGACCGAGAAUAGAAUCCUCCUGCUGUCCCGAUGGCCCUAACAACGCUACACAAGACGUAUCGACACACAGCCAACCGACGGCAGCGUACCGCGUCACUCGGGUCGCAGCUCCCACGCAUAUCCGGACGCGCACACGAGACGAAAACGAGUUACUGCGGCUCCCGUUAUUGCAUCGGGCCCUGGCAGAAAUGCAUGACGCAUCCCGGUCAGCAUACGGAGCACCAUUGGGCAGAUGGCGCAGUCCGUGGGAUCUUGUCGUCCGAGCUGAGACUCCCGUCGCAAAUGGCGACGAAUGCGGCCUCUUGCUGAUUGCCAGGCUCGUGUCUUUGCUCUGUCUCAAGGUACGGGAGCAUCAGGUCCUAUCGGCCAACCCCUGCAUGAUCGUGUGCGUGGAGAGCUACCGACCGAGGGAGAUUGCAGAAAGCACGGCAGAAACAUGCUGCUCCCAUACAGAGGACGAGAAACAAGACACGAGAGCCAUCAUCUGCUCUCCUGGCCGAAUCUCCUCCAUGUUGCCUUCUCCCUCAGCCUCGCCCUCCUUCCCACGCCGUGAUCUAGUUGGAAGAUUCAGAGAGCAGCUCCAGGUCUGUCCAAUCGGCCAUGUGGUAUUCAGCCUGUGCAUCCCGCCUAUGGAUCUCGUUUCUGACCCGUCAACGAUCGUACAGGGCACCACUUCUACCCCUCCUCACCCCCGACCGCUCGCCGCGCCAAAGGGCAACAGAGGACCACCCCCUCCCCUUGUCGUCUCUCGAGGCAGGCAAGGGCAAUGGUGGACUGUGGUUGGGGGAGCUUGA